AUCACCUUCCUUGGAGCAACCUCAUCCAUCCCAGCAUCUCAUACACGCAGACUGACCCCCCCUCCCCCAGACCAGCCCCAACCUGCUGCUAAUACCCCCCCACCAGCAGCAGCAGCAGCAUACCUGAGCAUGGCAGAGAGUGAGGCAGAGACCCCCAGCACUCCGGGAGAGUUUGAAAGCAAGUACUUUGAAUACAAUGGGAUCAGGCUGCCCCCAUUCUGCAGGGGGAAGAUGGAGGAAAUUGCUGACUUCCCUGUCAGAGAGAACGAUGUGUGGAUUGUUACAUAUCCCAAGUCAGGAACCAGCUUGUUGCAGGAAGUGGUAUAUCUGGUGAGCCAGGGGGCUGACCCCGAUGAGAUCGGACUGAUGAACAUUGACGAACAGCUGCCUGUCUUAGAGUACCCGCAACCUGGUCUGGAUAUCAUCAAGGAACUGACAUCUCCUCGCCUUAUCAAGAGUCACCUCCCCUACCGCUUCCUGCCACUAGAUCUGCACAACGGAGAGUCCAAGGUUAUCUACAUGGCUCGUAAUCCUAAAGACCUCGUAGUGUCUUAUUACCAAUUCCACCGCUCCCUGAGGACAAUGAGCUACAGAGGAACCUUCCAGGAAUUCUGCCGGAGAUUCAUGAAUGACAGGUUGGGUUACGGAUCAUGGUUUGACCACGUCCAAGAAUUCUGGGAUCACCGCUUGGAUUCUAACGUACUGUUUCUGAAGUAUGAAGACUUGCACAAGGACCUCGCCACCAUGGUGGAACAGCUAGUGCGGUUUCUGGGAGUGUCUUAUGAUAAAGCACAGCUGGAGUCCACAGUAGAACACUGCCACCAGCUCAUUGACCAGUGCUGUAACGCAGAGGCGCUCUCUGUUGGCAGAGGAAGAGUCGGGCUGUGGAAAGAUAUUUUCACUGUCUCCAUGAAUGAUAAAUUCGACCUGGUGUAUAAACAGCGGAUGGGAAAGUGCGACCUGAACUUUGACUUCAGCUUAUAGGAAAUGCAUGCAUUAUUACCUGUGUAUCAGCUAGGCAAGCUUGCAGCCUCUGUUUAUACCUGCCGCACAAUAUACUGUAAUUAUCCUGUGUUCUAUUCCCACUGGGGACCAUUCCCAGGCAGGCGCCUAUCUCAGUAUUUCAUUGCUUGUAUGUGGUUAGCUCCUGUCGGUGGUGGCAACGACAUUGGGCGCUGGAGAGUCCUUCACAGUGCAGGAGGGCCGAUGGAAAACCUGGGACAAAGAAAUGAAUUCAUUCUGAUGUACAUGGUACCUGUGAUACUGUUGGGGGUGUAACCCUUCUCUCUCUUUUGUGUGGAGUAAUAGUUCUAUGUUUUUUCUAGCGCUUUUAAAUGGAGAUUAUUGUCAGAAUCUUUGAUAAAUCAGAUCCCAGUCAUGGAGCGGACGGUGACUAUCCGAUGCUGAAUGCUGUGUGUGAAAUGCAUCUCAGGGCUUUCUUGUUGCAGUGGUUGUAUGAUUUGUGUCAUAAUUCAAAUAAAAUACCUAUCUUAUAUAUCAA